AUGGCUGACUCAAGCUGGUGGAGGCUGACCUUCUCACGCAAGAAGAAGUCUGAAUCCAAGGUUCUGUAUGAAAUCCCAGCAGAGCAUGGCAGUAACACUGGGAACAAAGACCACCCGAGUAGUAAUGGCUCUCCAGAACUGGACAGCCAGUUGAAUGCCAAACUGGAGAAAAUCGUCGAUAAAUCUGCCACCAAAGGACGCCACGUCAAGGUCUCCAACUCCGGCCGCUACAAGGAGAAGAAGAGGGUCCGCGCCACGCUGGCUGAGAACCCAAAUCUGUUUGCAGACAACAACCUCAGUCAAGAGAAUCAUAAAAAGAAGACUGAGAAAUAG